UCACGUGUAGAAACUUGCAUCGGGGAGCAUCUAAUCUGCGAUAGAGACUGCUCUGUGAUACAGCUCUCUGUAUUCAAAACAUUAGUAACCCACAUUUAAAGAGAGGAGAAUGAUAUCGACACUUUAAACACCAGACAUAAUGAUUGGAUUUUUGGGUGUAAAUGGUACACUUGGAACUAUGAGCUUAAUUAUGGAUUUCAUAUUAAGUCAAAACAAAACAGAUUACAAUGAAGAAAUAAAACGAGACAUGCCUAUUUAUCUCCACCAAGACCAGUUUGUUCUUGUCGUUACAAUUACAGUGUUCGGAAUUAUGGGAAAUGUACUCCCACUUGUGAAGAUGACGUGGGACAAAAAUUUCCAAGGUACUGUAUUUGUUGUCAUCAGAACCAUAAUAUUCACAGAUAUUGUGAAUUUGAUUCUUUACCUACUUCAUGCUGGAUUUAAGUUUGGUAACUUUCGUCUUGAAAAAGUCCCAUGUGCAACCUUUCUGGUUGUGUUUUAUGGUGUUGCUCAUGCCUCAGCUGCUCACGUUGUUUUUCUAUUUGGACUUCGGUGUUAUAUGGUGUCGGAACCCAUAAAAUUCAAUCAGUUACGGAAGCGAACAAUUAUCGUCUCAUCUGCUGCAAUAUGGGUCCUAAGCAUAUUAUUUUCGAUAUUUUAUUUUGUUCUACGAUACAAAGCAGGAAUACAGACACCUAGUUAUGUGAUAAUAGUAUUUCGUAUUUACCUUAUUAUUGUUCCUGUCCUGCUCAUUAUUAUUUUCCACGUAAAGAAGAUACAUCGUCUCAAGCGCACAUUGAAUAAACACAAUAUUGAACACAACAUUAUCAAGAUGUCCCUUGUGACGUCAUUAAUUCUUAUCGCGUACAUGUCAUCGGCUAUUCUUUUCCUUGUGUGUUACAUCUUAUCAUUAUAUGGAUCUAAAAACAAAGAGGAAAAGUUUCUUCUUGUUGCACAACUGGCCUGGUUACUAAAUGCUGUGCUGAGCCCAUUUAUUUAUGUUGCUUCUGCACUGCGUUUUCAUAAAUGUUUUAAAUACUGGAUUAGAGGUAUUCAAUCAAUUAGAUGUCUACGUUUACCUAAGCAAACGGAAGCAGGGAUAUGAAGUUCAUCAUCCGCAACUGAAUCCCAUACAUUGCGCGCGAAUUUAAACGUUUAAAAAAAAGAACCAAUAAGCACUCUUAUACGAGGGUUGUCCGGUAAAAUCGUGGACAAAGCUUUUUUUUCCGAAAAAUAAUGGGCGCAAUUAGCUGAAAUUUUCAGCAAAUAUUUAUUUAUUAUAUUUAAGUGCAUCUUAAUUUUUUUGAUAAAAUGUAGACAAAAAUAAAGAUUUUAUUAUGCCUGAAUGUGCACAGGGUACGGUCCUACGGCGCACGAUCAAAAAACCAGGGUUUCAUUAGCGAACACACGAGUAUUAUUUCGAAAUAAAAGUAUUAAAUAGAAAAGGUUGGGGUAAUUAUUAUCCUAUUUUUAAUCCACUAUCUAUUAUGUCGUCUUUUGUAAAAUUUCAAGGUAUUUGUUGAAUUUUUGGCAGUUUCCCGAGCAUUUGAAAUGGGAAAGUGGUAAACACAACACACGAAAAAUGGCGACGUUUAAUGACGUCACGGCGCACUGGAGAGCAGUUCAUUAUGAUUUAGAUGUAGUAAUGCCUCCAAAAGAAUCUUUAGAUAACUACAGAAGAAAAAAUAUAUAAAAAUAUCACUACAUCUUUGGUAUACAACUGAAAUGAGAGUUUUCUAAGCGGAAGCUUUUUUGAUCGGGUCCUCAAGAAGAAUAAAACAUUACGGACAAACCGCUUCUGGCAAUAGCGAAAGACGAUUUCACUGUAGACCGUCGCUAUAAGAUUUAGCUGAAUGGUAGUGAGAGUACUAACCAUAAUUUACUAUAAAAUCUUCAGAGGGUCCCAUGUGUGUGCAAGAUUGGUUCCUCGACUGUUUAUGAAAUAAUGAAGGGAAACUAAAGUAUGUGCAUCAAUGAAAUCCCCGAAUUUAAGUGGGUUUUAUCCAGCUUUUUUUUUUUUCGCAAAGAAGAAACGUGAAGCUGCUUUAGACACUUUGACGUUAUAAUCCGUGUGCCGUAAGGCGAUACGACACAUAACAUAUAGCCUCAUAUUUUGUUUAUUUGAAACUGUAUCUAUUUGAAAUUUAAUUUGCUAUGUAUAUUGAUGAAAAAUGAACUAUAAAAAGUAGUUAAAAUUUUAGAACGCACUGAUGAUUAUUUUUCAUUCUAGACAACUUGUCCACGAUUUUACCGGACAACCCUCGUACAUCUUAUUCAAAAUAUUCUUUACAUUCAACAGAGCAUGGAUAGAUGGAUAUAUUUAUGAAAACGCUGUAAGCCAACUUUUAUGGCUACAAUGGAGAGGCAAUAUCAUUUACUUGUUGAACAAAGCAUUUGGUAUGGGGUACAAUGACACUAUAAAAGUUCAAAUUUUAUAACUGACCUGGUCUGAAUGAGAAUAAGGUCACUGAUCUUUCUUGGAUAAUUUUUGCAGUUAUCCAUGCAUGAUAAAAUUUUCACAAUCAUCGGUUUCUUCUUUCAAAGUAUAAGAAAUAUUCAGUGAUGUAUAUAUAUAUAUAUAUAUAUAUAU